UGACAGUGAAACGCUUGGUUGGCAGAAACAGUCCAGACGGAUGUUGUUAUCACGAGCUAGAGUCUGCUGUCCCUCAGCUGUGGACCCUGAGCACAGGCUAACUGCUAACACAGAGACGCACUCACUGACUGCUUUCUAACUGUGGUUAGCUGAGGUGGAACGUGAUCCUCUUCAUAGAGCCUGCUGUCAUGGCUCGAUACCUGAGGUAUUUCACCACUGUGGGUGACGUGCAGCCCGCUCAGUGGGGGGAGGAGGAGGAGCUGCAUGUGACCAGUGAGGAGCUGAGUCCAGCCACAGGACAGUUCCCAACCAGCCUGACCUUCAGAGAAUCACUGAAGAGGCUGUACAGCUCCGACCGCUUCCAGGUGUUGGUCGUGUGUCUGGUGAUCCUGGAUGCCAUCUUUGUUCUGGCGGAGCUGCUAAUAGACCUGUCUGUCAUCAACUUGGAGCAUGGCCACAUCGCUCCUGAGGUGUUUCAUUACCUGAGCCUGGCUCUCCUCACCUUCUUCAUGGUGGAGCUGGCUGGGAAGCUGUUUGCGUACCACCUGGAGUUCUUCUACCAUAAAUUUGAGGUGUUUGACGGAUUGGUGGUGGUGGUGUCCUUCAUCCUUGACAUCGUCUUCAUCUUCCACGAGGAUGCCUUUGAUGGGAUGGGUCUCCUCAUCCUGCUGCGACUCUGGAGGGUGGCUAGAAUCAUCAACGGUAUCCUGGUGUCAGUGAAGACCCGAGCAGACCAGAGGAUCCACAAGCUGAAGGAGAGCUACGACCACCUGGUUCAAAGAGUCACAGAGCUCCAGCAGCGCAGCGAUAAACUGGAACAAGACAAACAGAAACUUGAAGCCCUCCUGAAGAAGCAUGGCAUCGACUUCUAACUGUUCAGUGUCAUUUAUAGUAUUUACCUUUCUGCACCAUUGUUUUUAAUUAUCAGACUAUGCACUCCAUGAUAAACCUGUCAUUGUAGACCUGCUUUCAGUUUUCCUACUGGCUGUUGACAGAAGCUUUACGGUUAGAACAUUAACUGUAAAAACAUUGUCUUAUUUUAAAGGUUGUAUAAAUGGAUCAUACCCCGGAUUCCUGUUACUGUAGUAAUGGAACCCAGUGAAAUGUCUGCAUUGAUCUGAUGAAUGUCAAAUAUUCAGAUGCUCCUGGAUGUGACUAUAAAGCUUCGAGGCCUCAGCCUGAACCUGUAAAUAACUGAGCCUUCAUACUGAGAACAUGGACAUUCAGAAGAAGUGAAUCUGUGUAAAAAUCAGAUUUACA